AUCGAGUUUAACCGCGAAUUAAUUAAUUUCUCGCAAUUAUGACCAGGCUGAUAACGUGAGCUAAUAUUUAACGUAACGUAUACUUCCUCGAAAUCUACGAUUCAUUUUUUUUAACACGAUAUACUCAUUCAUGAUAAAAAAAACGAAGCAACGCUCGAUCGACAAUCGCAGGAGACACAAGUGUUGUUUUUGACAUUUCGAAGACGCCUCGUUAACGAGGAUCUUUUUUAUCAAAUAUCGAUAUAAUUGAUCCACGAGUGAGCAGGGUAACAUCGAAACGAUUCAUUAUGGCGGUGUUACCGCUUCGCGUGCUUAUAUUUGUCCAAAAGGUCACCGAUUUCUCAUCGAUUAGCUAUUAAAUUAUUAGUUGAGAAGAUGACAUUCUUAACUGCACCCUGAAACAAUAGACUAUCCAACGUUCUAGAGUAUACAAUAGAUUUGGAUCGAAAGGAAUUAUUUGUCAUUGGAAAAUGAUUUUGGAAGAACUGUUACAUUUAUGGAAGAACUUUAUUUUAUCUUACAUCUUGUGUUUACAUUAUCUGUCAAAUCGGAAGUUGAAUUUAUAUUUACGAAACUAUGCCACUGUUGCUGGAACCUCUUGAAAUUGGACGAAUUUGAUUAGUUGGUAAAACGAAGAGACGCUGCAAGGAAAAGUAAGCAAAGCCUUUAUCAGGCAAAAUCGCGACGCUAUGCAUAUCGCAUCAGCUGUUACUCGACCUCCUUUCGGAGCGUCCCUCGAGCGAAAUUCGUCCACCGUUCUAAGUAUAGCCAGCCGCUGCCCUAAUCUCCGCACGCGUGCACAUCGUUGACCGAAUCUACGAAUGGCAAUAGCUGCUGUUACGCCUGUUUGUCGGAGCCAGAAAAAAAGGGACGAAGGACCGAUCGGCUGUCCACAGUCGUGACUCGAAUUUAAAUUUGCACCAGUUGACCAUGAAAUUCUUUCGAAGAAUGUUUACCAGUUUAAAUGAGUCCGAAUGGUAAGUAAAAGAGUUACCAUUCUUUCUUCACAAAAUUCUUCGUCUCCUCCCGUUUCGCUGUGAAAAGCUUUCUAAGCUUUUCCUUUGAAAUUCGACUGUUAUUGUUAACUACAACGGAGAACGAGAGCGUUUAGCGUAAAUCUAGCCACGAUAAGAGUUGUUAAAGAUGCUUGUGGCAUGAGCUAAACUCGUAAUCAAAGUAAACGCGGAGGAAGCCUGAAGCCGUAGGUGUUUACCAGCGAGUCAUUCAAGCAUUUCACUAUCGAUCACGGUUGAAAGCGUUUCCGAUGCAUAACUGGAGCAACGGCAUAAUCCUCCGGAUGAAAAAAGAGGACUUUUCACGGGGUAGACGGGCAGCAACCGAUUGGGUUCGAGUUGGUCGGCCAGAGUUUUCGAGAGGAAGAAAGCGCGCGGGUGCGAUGGGUGGUGAGAAGAAUAGACGGGUUGGAAGGUCGGCGAAAGGAACGGGGGAGUGGUCUAAGUUGUCUAGAGAAAGAAAUAAAAGAAGAAGAGAAGGAAGAGGGAGAGGACGGUGAAAACCUCAACGCGUCCUAUCUUCUGGGUUCGCGAGAAACCGAAAGGGAUCCGCGCAAGCGCGUUUGCUCGCGCGAACGGAUCCGAGAUGGAGCAAGAAAAGAGCCCGGGAAAGACGAAGAGUGGUAAAAGGAAAGGAGAGAAGGGAAAAGUGAAAUAUAGAAGUUUUGUGCCAUGGUCGGAGAAAGAAGGAAGAACAGAGGUGAAAAGAGAUAGAAAUGAUGAAGACACGCGGUGGACACACGGGAGGAAAACGGUCAUGGGAGGACUAAUAGAAACAACGGAAGCGUACGAGCCGCGGUGGGGAUGAGUUUGUUGAAGGAAAGAAAGAAAGAAAGAAGAAGAAGAAGAAGAGAAGCUCGUCGAGGUUUUGCUAGAGCUCUCGCUCUAUUCUUACGUAUUACGUGCACGAGCUCGAACGGAGCCUUGUAUUACACCAUUACCGUGACAAAGAGGCUCUCUAUUCAGUCGCGUUCAAGCGACGAGGAGGAGAAUAGAGAGUAUAGAGCGGUUACGAUUUUUCGCGUGUUGGUACUGUGUACACGUAUGUACGUGUGGGUAAUACAAACGAGGUGUAUACGCGUACGCUCGGCUAGAUGUAGAAAUGUGAGAAAAAGAGAGGAAAAGAGAAAAGAGGAUAGAAGGGUUAGAGCGAUUGAGGGAGGGUGGGAGGGAGAAGGAGAUAGAAAAAGAGGGUAAUGUGAAAGAGAGACGUACGAUGCUGUACUCUUAUCGUACGACAGUUCCAACAUGUGCAUCGAGCCACACCGACGUGGAUUACACACGUGGUCGCGUACACAUAAACAGGAACGAGCAUAAACGUACACGGAAGGAGCAACGGCUCACAAACGAGGCCUAGGCAAGAGAGCUAUUUGUAAUGUAAUAGUGAGAGCACCAGUGGGGAAAGGGAGAGUGAAGGAAGGUGGUGGUAGGCGGCGGAACGAUGGUGGGAGGAAAAGAGUAAGCGUAGGAAAGAGAUAGGCCGAGGGAGAGCGUGUAAGAGAGUAAGAGAGAAGCGAAUAGGUGCCACUCGACGAGGAACCAAUACUACGGUCCCUUUACAAACCAACUCACGAGGCUUGCGAGGCCUCCUCUCUAGCGUGAGUAUUCCGCCGCCAGUUCUCGAGAGAGAGAGAACCGUGCUUUUCGGACCCUCAACCCUUUCUCGGCACGACCAUAAGCCACGAGGCCCACCUGGCCUCUUCUUCUACCACCACCACCACCGUCGUACACAGGUCACUACCACCGUUUACCAUUUAUCGUCACCGUCACCAUCCUGACGUUCCGAGUUCCGAUCGGUGGAUGGUACGUAUACGUGUAUGUGUACAUAUACAUGUAUAUAUAUACACGUUUCGAAUGGUAUUCGUGUACCACCACUACAAACGAAUCGCAUCAACCACCACCACCACCACCACAACUAUCGUCGUCGUUGUCGUCGCCGUCGCCGUCGUCGUCGUCGUCGUCGUCGUCGUCGUCGUCACCACCACCACCGUCUCUCGCCGACUGCCCAGUCUACCUCUCUCCGCGUUUACCUAGGACCAGACAGAGAGAGAGUGGGAGAGAGAGCGCGCGAAAGAUUGUGAGAGGGACAGAGCGAAAGAACAAACGAGAGACAAAGAGAGAGUGAGAAAGAGAGAGAGAGGGAGGAAAAGAAAGAGAGGAAGAGAGAGAGAGGUAAAGAGUAAGAGAGGGUCUCGGGUUUGCGCAAAAGUUACGACGGAGCGAGGAGCAGUGAGACACACCGCGGAGACCGGAAGAGACCCUCUCUCCCUGAAGAGAAGUCCUCCGGCUAAGUGAGAGAGAGAGAGAGAUUGAAGCGCGCGAAAAACAUCAUCGUGUCGAAUCGGAGUGUGUCAUCUUUACGGGACACAUGUGAGUGUGUGCGCAGGGUGUGUGUAGUGCGACAAAAUUUCGGGCUAAAAUUCGACGACAACGUUUGUUUAACCGUGUAUCGUUUUUAUCGUCGUCGUGCUUUCUAGUCGCCGCCGCGGUACAUUCGCCGCGACUCCGUUUCCCGAAGACACGUGGUGUGCUGUUGUUUUUUACAAAUUGUUCUUCCGGCUUCCCAUGGAAUUCUGUGUCGUCUCUAUAUAACAUCGUCGUCGUUCCCAUCAAAAAUCCCGUUCAAUUUUCUUAUCACCAUUGUGAUUUGUUGAAACGGUUGCAACAGCAUCGUCGUCGUCGUCGUCGUCGUCGUCGUGCUGGCCGUUAUCGGAGCGAUCCGAGUGCGCGUUCCUGCCGAACGAAAACACCGGACACGUGCUCAUCCGCACGUGCUUUCAUCGACGCACGUGCUCUUUAGACAAGUUUGGCUACGUAUUUGAAACAGUUCCUACCGUCAACCGAACCGAAUGUCAAUGUUUCGAUCGAUUUUCAUCGGUUCGAUUCGAUUUGAAAAUAGAAAGUAUCGGAGCACGAACAAGACGCAUUGAUAACUUUCGAGGUACGAUCGAGUGUAAGGAAGAGAAAGGAGAAAGGAGAAAGAAAGGAACGCGAAGAAGAGAAGAGAAAGAAAAGGAGAAAGAAGAAGAAGAAGAAGAAGAAGAAGGUGAAGAAGAAGAGGAAGGUUGAAAUCAAAUAGCAAGACUGGCUGUGUUCGGUUUACCACUUACGUACGAAGCAAGAGCGAGCCGCGCGCGUUGUGUAAGAGCUGAAAGUAAAAGUUGAAACCAGCGAGUUGUGCUCGCGGGAGCGCGUGCGGAGCGCGCUAAAAUCCGAUCCUGUCUCGUAGGCUGGGCAUAGCCGAAUAUCUCUGUUUCUCUCUCUCUCUGUCUCUCCCUCUCUCUCCCUCUCUUUCUCUGUCUUUCCCUCGACAGCUUUCGGAUUUGGUCCUACACCGUCGUCGUCGAGCUGUUUCUUUUUCCGAGAGAAUCGCGUACCAGCAAUAACCACGGAAGCAACGGAAGGUGGCCGUUCGGGAAGUGUCGGGAACGGUGGAACACGCACGAUACGAAGCUAAAGAAAAGGAAAGGAAAAGGAAAGGAAACGGGAAACUAAAGAGAGAGAGAGAGAGAGCGCGAGAAAAGAAGUGUUCAAUUGUGUAACAACAUUUCUAGUCCGUUGCUUCGUGAAAUCUGUGUCUAAUUUCGAUUGGACGACGGUGCACGCCGGGGUCUGCGGGACUCUCUUGUGACGAAGAACAGGUGAAAGAGCUCGCGGUACGGUUGCUGAACACAAUCGCAAUCGUAAAAGAUCGCGGUGUUGACCGGUAGCGAUUAGACGUGGAGAAAAAAAGCGAUGGAAACGUUGGUUACCGUGUGCUUCGUGUCGUGCGCUACGAAACGCGACCGUUCAAGGUCGUCGUUGCUGGUAUCCCACCGGUAACCCGCUUCCGGAACCGAAGAAAACACCGGGGCAGGAUCCACUGUCAACGCGGUGGCGGAAUUCCAGUCGGAUUUCGUGGCAGAAUUCGAAGCCUCCCGCGGCCCGUACCUUCGAUCCUUCGCCUCGCCUCCCGCUCGCUUCAGCUUCGGCUACGCCGCAGUUCGGCCUCUGCAGGAGAAGUUUCGUAAAACGGAUUACAAAACCAGAAGAGAAAGGAGACAGAGAAAGGGAGAGGCAGAGAGGAAGAAGAGAAGCAAAGCAGCAAGUGGAAGGAGGAGAGAAACAGCGGUGAUCCGCCGCAGGAAAUUGUAAGGUAACGAUACGCAGUCGGAGAUACGGGUGUACGAGCACAACUUCUGAAUCGUCCGCAGGGUGGACGACGAGCAGACGGGGAAACGUCACCGAAAUCGACGAUCUGUGGCUGGAAAACGUCUGUGACGAGAGCCGAGAUAAAGAAGGAAAAAAACAGGAACGGGAGUAGUAGUUCGCUGUCGAGGACAAGUCAGCAGUAGCGGAGGACAAGUUUGAAAGACGAUCCGGAUGUGGCUAAAUCCUACUUGUUUUUCUUUCCCAGCCUUUAUACUCCAUACCCACCGUGUACUUUUCUAAUCUCGUCGACCAGCCAUCAUCGCGAUUGGAUUUUUCGCGACACGUCCGUCCGCGACCUGCUGCUUUAAGCUCGGAACCCGUGCGGUUCUUAAAAAUACGGGGCUGACUUGAACGCCCCGUACGGAUCGUACCCCUUGGGUAGCUGGUGAACACUCCUGGCGCGGAGAGACACGCGGCCGAGCGGAAUUAAAAGUGCGUUUAAAAAGGUUAGCGGGAUAAAAAAGGCGCGCGCGCGAAAGGAUAAGAGAAAGGAAUAGGAGCCACCUCCGAGUCCUUGAGAGUACCCAACGGGUAAAAGUGCCGCGCUCGGAGCCAGCCGGUUGACCCUGGCCAGCCAACGGAGCAGACCCCGUUGGAAAAAAGUACUCCACGUCGUUUUUCGUCGUUAUCCUCGUCAUCGUUGUCAUCCUCCUCGUCAUCGUGGUGAUCCUCUUGAACCCUCGCAUCAAACGGAUGUCACCGCUCUCAACCACGUACAUCAAUUUUUCUUUUUUUUUUUUACCUGGGAUUCACGUGUUCUAUAUAUUGUGUAUACCACGUGUACCAACGUCGAUAUUUCGAACACUAUUAUCGUCUGGUGUUUGUUUCUGAAAUUUCUCUUCGUUCGAAGAUACAAGCGGAUAUCGCAUUAGCGGUAUAAUUGUGACUGGUGUGGACGUGGUUCUCCAGUGUGAGGUGAAUUCAGUGCCAACUCCGAUGUUGCCUCGAUUUCUUUUGGCAGCUAUACCGUUUUGUUAAUGUUCUACCGUUUCGUCUCCGUUUCUCUACGACGUGCUACGAUCUAUUUCUCGUGCCGUUGGUGAUCACAUCCCCCUUAUAUCAAUGUAUGCCACGUGUUUACACCGUCGUACUCGUCGCCGCUAUCACGGGAUUUCGGGUCGUCGGCUCGUCGAGAUGCUUCGUGACUCUUCGAGAGAGUUUUAAGGGAAACACCGUGCCUCACCGAUUACGUUUCUUUAUUGGAUACCGUCGAUUAUUGGAUAAAACUAGGACGAUCAAAAUCGCAAGGAGUAUCUUUUUCCGGGGGGGCUUGGAAAGCCGGUCAUCUCGCUCUCCUCGCUGUAAACAAUGCACACUUUUCUGGCUGGGUGCAGACUUUUCGGACACGGUGUACGGACACACGCUCAGGUGGCGGACCGAAAAGACGAUGUAUACUGACGGUCUCCUGACACUCCAUUAUGGGAAGCAUCCAGCGACCUUGGCCGCAGAGGUCGGAGCCUGGUACACCGGGGACCGUCACGUGGACGUGACGUUAGCUUGCGACGAUGGGUCCGUCGUGAAGGCUCACCGUGUAGUUUUGGCAGCAGCUAGUCCCCUUUUGGCUAGUCUUCUUCGUAAUCCCGCGUUGGACCAUGUGGUCCAUUUGUCGGGGGUCCGAAAAACCCAGCUGACCCAUCUGCUGGAAUUCCUCUACAACGGAGAAGCUCUCAUACCUUCGACGGAACUCACGCCACUGAGGGAACUGUUCGAGCUUCUUCAAAUUAAAUCGGAGCUGUUCGAGCCGAAUCAACCUCAGACAUCGAGCAACUCCGAUCCUGAAAGAGUACCCACCCCUCAGCCUUCGGAGGGCCAGGAAAGUUCCAGCUACGAGUCGCAGUAUGACGGCAGGCAAUCCAACAAUCCCGCAGACUGUUGUUCGGUGCUGAUAAAGACCGAGGGCUGCGAGGAGGAGCCGGAAGUGGACGUCGAAGGGGUCGAGGGUGAAGGGAUUCUUACGGAGAACAGAGAAAGCAGUAUAGAACCACCCCGACGGAGGGAUAGUUCCGAUCCUGUAAACUUGAGUUUAAAUUCGGGUACUUCGACCACUAGCGAGGGUUCGCACGAUAUCGUGCCUAGACCAGAAAAGCAAUUACUGGAGAGGCGAGAAUCUCUGGAGGAGGCGGAAGAGAGGAGAAGACAAUUAGCCGCUCGGCUCGCGUUAGGAUUAGAACAGGGAAAACGAAAACCGGAAGAAAUACCUAUCCCACCUGCGGAGGCGUACGUCGUGACGCCCCAUCGAAAACGAAGGCCAGGCUUCCACAAUGCUCCAGCACAGAAUCCAGCUUUCGUACCGUUUAAUCCUGGUUUCGAAACGCCGAGACGGUUACAAGCGCCACAUCCUCUCAGCGUCUCCGCGCCUCCGUACCUGCAGGACAGGUCAGUGACACCUCCAGGAGCGUCGCACAGACCUCCAAGCGCGGAUCCAGCAUCGGCAGCGGGUUUGGAACCACCUUGGGGCUCUUGGGCCCUACCACCAGCGAGGGCGCCCCCGCCACCGCCGACAGACGAUCCGCCAAAAUCUACCCCUGCCCGCGAGUAUCGGUGCAGCUAUUGUGGGAAACAGUUCGGAAUGUCGUGGAACUUGAAGACGCAUUUAAGAGUGCAUACGGGUGAAAAACCGUUCGCGUGUAGACUUUGUGUAGCUAUGUUUAAGCAAAAGGCCCAUCUGCUGAAGCAUCUUUGCUCGGUACACAGAGGCGUUAUAGCAGCCCCGGACAAUACGUUUACUUGUUGCUUCUGUUCGUUAAGUUUCGAUAGUUUACAAGAGCUGAUCAGGCAUCUGUCGGGUCCGCACAAUAAUUUGCUGCUUAGCAAAAAUCUGCACGACUAGCGACAAGGUUAAGGCCGACCGGUGCUGAUGGCUGACCUCGGCCGCAUCUCGAUUCAAAUUUUAUCGCAUGCCCAAAACGCUUCGUUUCUACCACGCUUCGAUCGUGUUCGGAUCGAAAAGUACGAGUGCCUUUCGAAUCGCUAUUGUAACGUUCAAUGUUUGAAUUUCAACGUCGCUUCUUCUUUAUCUACUUUUUCGUACGAGUCUGGGCAUCGAUCUCGAGAUGACAAGGUCGCAUCAUGCUUGUACUAAAGAAACACAUCUCCGAUCAUUUUCAUACGACUUCAAGAAUCAUACUUCUCCAACGAUAUUUUUAUAAAAUCUUGAAAGAGAACGUCGGACUGGUUUAUCUUGAAAAUGAUUGGAGAUAACGCAUGUUCUCUAUAAAAACGCGCGUCGACAAGUUUUUUUAAAUGAAUUUACAUAGAUAAAAGCACGCAAAUUUGUGAAGUUUCUAAACGAACGUUCUAAUCGAGAGAAACUGAACGGUGUUUGGAUACAGAACAUUUGAUUCUUUAGUAAGAAACAGCAUGAACAGCACCGGGAGAGCCUUUUAUUUUAUUUUUAAAUAAAAUCGUCGCGUUAUUCGCGCGACUUCCUAGUUCGAAAAAUACCCGAAGAUCAGGCAAUAAUUUGUUUAUUAUUGUUAUAAGCGAUGACCAGUAACUCUGACCAAAUAACGUAUCCCCGACGAUCGACGUGUAGUCGGAUAUGUUGUGUCGGUCUCUAUUUACGAAACGUUAAGAAAGUCGAAACGAGAAUAGGAAACUGAAAAAAAAAAGAAAAGAGAAAGAGGUGAGAGUCAAUUAUUGUCGAGCGGCGAAUUUUGUCCAAGUGAACUCUCGUUGCGUCUUUACUUACUUGAGAAGAAAAAGAAAGGAAAGCUUCUUCGCGUCAGGUGACAACCAGCAAAGACGUCUCUCGUUUACCUCAGCGUGCGUAAGCAAUCUCAUGUGUAAAUAACGUUAACGUUUUAGUAGUAGAAACAAGCGGACGGAUAAGAAUUUAUUUAUUUUACACUUCUUUUUUUUUUGCAAAGGGACCAACCGAUUUUCCACCGAUUUCUGUCUUAGGUAGAUGUUUAGGUGUCCUGCCCCUCAAUCGCCUCGAACAAAUUAAGCUCGAACGAAAGCGAAACGCUAUCGAAAUUAGAUUUAAAUCGAAGAAUAUGUUUCUUUUUUUUUUUAAAUACGGAAGGUCUUAAGAAAAGACGUUGGCGUUACAACUCCUUACCCCUACGAAGAGGAACAUUAUCGGCGGGACACAAUCGUGGAAGAAAAAAAGAAGGAGCAACAAUAAUUUUAAUCUCUCGUUAUUUUUUUGCAAAACGGCUCAAGCUACAAAUUUUUGCCGACCAAUUAGAAUAAAACGUUGCUAAUGUUCUUCCAUUUAUGUACAAUCCUCGUCUUCCACUUCAUAUCGCCAGAGUCCUAUCUUCUUCCUUCCCCCUUUACAACUCCAUCCACGAAUCUGGUGUUCUAUUUUUUUUUUUUUUUUAAACCAUCGAAACAACGUUCUCGGUAUCUCAGCCACACGAGUGCCUUGUCAAAUGGGUCCAAAUUGGUCGAUUGGGCAGUGAUUUCAUGUGUUCAUAGGCUUAAGGUAUACGUAAACGUAAUUAAGAUGACGAUACGAGCUCGCUGUAGGAAUUGAAAGGAAACGUUUAAUUAAUUCACGUAGAAGGUUUCAAUAUCACUCGAAUUAAUCCAAGAUUAGGUAGGAUCUAGAUCGUUGUAAGUAGCAGCUUUUGUUUCUCUAAUUUCUUUCUCAUUGACGCAGGACGUCAUUAUUUUUCUUUGUUUUUCUUUCUUUCUUCUUGGUUAGAUAGGUAUUAUUACUUAAGGUGCCUUGAAGAAGGGCCUCGACCUCUCUUCCGUUCCUUCGUUGAAAAAUUUCGAGCUAUCAAACGAACGAUCCGAAGCAUCAGAAAUCAAACGUACAAAUUCUAACUAGAAUCGAAAGAAUUUUAUUUCAAAUUGAUAUAUAUGUAUAUAUAUAUUUUGUUUAAAAGAUACGCGUAGCAUUCCAUAAUAUCCGUGUAUACAAACUGAAUGAAUCUUGAAUGAUAUUCGUUCGUUUUUGAAAAGCAAAAAUCCUGCAAAACGGAAUAAACCAAAGGACGUAAGAAGAGAUUAGAGGGGUGGUAUGCGCUCUCAUUAAGCCAGGCAUAAACGGCCAGCACAAAACAGUGAACGCAAUGUGAUACUAAAUGAUAAUAAGGAUAAAGUAAUUAUUGUUUAGCGUGCAACGCCUCGGCGCAUGGCACGAGCGCGACUCGUGGCUCUUUCAAUAAAACAAAAGAAAAAGAAAAAAAAGAGAGAAAAAUGCCUUUCGAUCGCGAGAGGAACAAGCAUUACGAAUUCUUCUUUUUUUUUUUCUGCGAGCUGCCUAAAGAAAUUUUUACCAACUAACUUUUCGUCGUUUCUAUUCCAAUCCUUCUUCUCCUAGAACUCUCUCCAACCCCCUCGUCCUCCCCUUCUCGAGACGUAAGCGCACUAGGAUUUAUGUAUAUAGAUUAUUUUAACGUUAAUUAGUUACGUUUAUUGUGUAAAGAUACACAGACUCGCCGCCAGAUGUCUCGAAAGGACACGUUUAUCCUCUCGAAAGUAGUUGAAAUAUUUCGAUCACGUAUACAAGGAACAUAAAUGGAAUAUAUCUUUUUUUGGAAAGUUUUAAUCUAGUGCAAAAUCGUUCUCAUUUUGUCGUAUGAAACUUUAAGAAGAAAAGUAGAAAUUUUUUGAAAAUAUUCCUCUCUCCGUUGAUUAUUCAAUGCCCUUCCGGACAUCUGGCCAGAGUUUCGUAGAGUUUAAGCAUCUUCCGAGCGGAAUGCGUGUUCCGCGUGCUUUCUUAGUGUUCAUAGGUUUACAAGAAAUAAAUUAAUUCAGUUGAGAAAUCUA